GUGCCUUGAGUGAAUGACCCCUUUGGAGAACAUUCUUCUGCGCCCCUCACCACAAGCCAGGACAGCCGGAAGACUGUGCCCACAGCAUCUCGUCUGCACAGAGACGCUCCUGCCUUUCCCAAGGCUUCCAGAAGCUCUGAGGUGGGAGACGCCCAGUUCCACCUCAUGUUUGGGGGAUCUUGCUAGCUAUGUCCCUGCUACUCGGCUCCCUGCUGCUGCUGGGGCUGUGCGGAAACACCGUGUCAGGAGGGCAGCCUUCAACCACAGAUGCUCCUAGGACUUGGAAUUAUGAAUUGCCUGAAACGAAUUAUGAGACCCAAGAUUCCUACAAAGCGGGGCCCAUUGGCAUUCUCUAUCGAAUAGUGCACAUCUUUCUCUACGUGGUGCAGCCGCGUGCUUUCCCCGAAGAUACUUUGAGAAAAGUCACACAGAAGAAAUUUCAGCUUUCAACUAAUUUUGACAAGCCAGAAAAUGUACUCUUGUUUCUGAAGGUUGUCUACUAUGAAUUAGGGAUUAUUGUGUGCGCUCUCCUUGGAGUGCUCUUUAUUAUUCUGAUGCCUCUGGUGGGGUAUUUCUUUUGUAUGUGUCGUUGCUGUAACAAAUGUGGUGGAGAACUGCACCAGCGACAGAAGGAAAGUGGACCCUUCCUGAGGAAAUGCUUUGCAAUCUCCCUCUUGGUGAUUUGUAUAAUUAUAAGCGUUGGCAUCUUCUGUGGUUUUGUGGCAAACCACCAGGUGAGGACCCGGGUCAAAAGGUCUCGGAAACUGGCAGACAGCAAUUUGAAAGACUUGCGAGCACUCCUGAAUGAAACUCCAGAGAAAAUCAAAUAUAUUCUGGCCCAGUAUAACACCACUAAGGACCGAGCAUUCUCAGAUCUGAACAAUAUUAAUUCAUUGCUAGGAGGUGGAAUUCGUGAACAACUGAGACCCACUGUGAUCCCUGUUCUUGAUGAGAUUAGCACCAUGGCGACAGCCAUCAAAGAGACCAAAGAGGCCCUGGAGAACAUGAAUGUCAGUUUGCACAACCUGAGCAAUAAAAGCGCGCAGCUUAACAGCAGCCUGUGGAACAAGAAACAGACAAUGCAGCAAUCACUCAGUGACCCUGUGUGCAUGGUGCAGCCAACGCAAGAAACCUGCAACAGCAUCAGAAUGUCUCUAAGACAGCUGGAGAGCAACCCCAUGCUGGAUCAGCUCCCAUUUGUGGAUACAGAACUUAACAUGGUUAAUAACAUUCUUAGAACAAAUUUGGAUGGCCUGAUCCAAAAGGGCUAUCAAUCCUUUAAUGAUAUACCUGAGACGGUAAAAAGUCAAACUACCAACGUCAUAGCAGGUGUCAAAAGCGUCUUGAAUUCCAUUGGUUCCGAGGUUGACAAUGUAACCCAAAAUAUUCCUGUUCAGAAUACGCUCUCAGAUUUUGCUGUCUACCUUAAUGUUACUGAAAGUUACAUUCAACGCAGUUUACCCAAAUUGGAAGAGUAUGAUUCAUACUGGUGGCUGGGUGGCUUGGUCAUCUGCUCUUUGCUGACCCUCAUCAUGAUUUUUUAUUGCCUGGGCUUACUGUGUGGUGUGUGUGGCUAUGACAGGCACGCCACUCCGACCAGCAGAGGCUGUGUCUCAAAUACUGGAGGUGUCUUCCUCAUGGUGGGUGUUGGAUUAAGUUUUCUCUUUUGCUGGAUAUUGAUGAUCAUUGUGGUUCUUACUUUUGUUGUUGGUGUAAAUAUGGAGAAAUUGGUCUGUGAACCUUACUCAAGCAGAGAGUUAUUCCGGGUUUUGGACACACCUUAUUUACUAAAUGACAAUUGGGAAUACUAUCUCUCUGGCAUGCUGUUUAAUAAAUCACAAAUUAGGCUCACUUUUGAACAAGUUUACAGUGACUGCAAAAAAAAUAAAGGCAUUUAUGCCUCUCUUCACCUGGAGAACAGCUUCAACAUCAGUGAACAUCUUAACAUUAAAGACCGUACUAGAAGCAUUGACAGUGAGUUUGACAAUAUGAACAUAAAUGUUAAUGUCGUGCUGCUGGUUGAUGCAGGAAAAAGAAACCUUCAGGAUUUCGCGGACUGCGGAAUAGACAAAAUAAAUUAUGCCACCUACUUGGCUCAGACUGACAAAUCUCCUGCAAACGUAAAUCUUGUAUCAUUUGCAGAUGAUCUAUCCGCCAAAGCAGACCAGAUGCCCUCAGGACUUUUGAAGCAGUCCCUGAAAAAAGAUGCAAACGAUAUUAGAGGGAUUCACCAGCAACAAGUCCUUCCUAUGGAACAGUCACUGAGCACUUUAUACCAAAGUGUCAAGGUACUUCAGCGCAUAAGCAGUAAAUUGAAGGAGAACGUGAACAGGAGUCUUAACUCUUUGGAAUCGGCUCAGAAUUUCGUCACAAACAAUAUUUCCUCUGUUAUUGUUGAAGAAACUAAGAAGUAUGCAAGAACAAUAAUUGGAUACUUUGAGCAUUAUCUGCAGUGGGUCGAGUACUCUGUCAGUGAGAAACUGGCAUCCUGCAAACCUGUGGCCACGGCUCUAGAUUCUGCUGUUGAUGUCUUUCUGUGUAGCAACAUUAUUGAUCCUCUGAAUUUGUUUUGGUUUGGCAUAGGAAAAUCUACUGUACUUUUACUUCCGGCUCUAAUUUUUGCCGUCAAACUGGCCAAGUACUACCGUCGCAUGGAUUCGGAGGAUGUGUAUGAUGAUGUUGAAACUAUACCCAUGAAAAAUAUGGAAAAUGGUAAUUAUGGUUAUCAUAAAGAUCAUUUAUAUGGUAUUCACAAUCCUGUUAUGACAAGCCCAUCACAACGUUGAUAGCUGAUGUUGAAAUUGCUUGAGCAUCAAGAUACUCAAAGUGGAAAGGAUCACAGAUGUUUGAUAGUUUCUGGGUCUACAAGGACUUUCCAAAUCCAGGAGGAACACUGGUGCGACACAGUGACUCGGGCAGGCACCAAGGAAGUGGCGCUGUGGGUCUCUGGGUAGUGCUUUAUUAGGAAUGAACACAGCCAUGUUCAUAGUCCAUGUGUCCAUCACUCUUCAAGGAUGGUUCCCCCGCCCCUGUUGAUUUUUUACUUUUUUACACUGGGUUUCUAUUUAGACACUACAACAUAUUAUGAGGUGUUUGUUCCCAAUAGGUGCAGUUCUGUAUGACAAAGCUAUUCAGACAGGAUGGCUCGAUUUUCAAUAUGUUGCCACAUGUGGAGUGUGCUAAACACAUACCCGUUUACAGGAAAGAUACAUUUCGUGUUUAGUAAA